AAUCUAAAAUAUUGAAAAAGUUUAAACCGAUUAUACCACUCAAAAAACGUUAAAAACUGUAUUUUAAUAUUUAAACCGGUUUUGUAUCUUCGACAUUUUCUACAAACUGAGUAAUUUGUCAUUUAUUUAUUACCUCGAAUACAUCUAAUUUCGCUAUGAACAAUCCGUAUCUUUCAAGAAACGAUAAUAUCAUCAUUCCAUUAAAUAAAAGCCCUUUCUUAAUGGGUCGAAGCCUCUCGUGCGACUACGUGUUGCCAUACAAAGAAGUAUCGAGGAAGCAUUGCCAAUUAGAAAAAAGAGAAAGCUGCUGGUACCUGAAGAAUAUUAGUAUUAAUGGCACGUACCUUAACGAAGGUCUCAUCGCUGAGAAUGUAGCCGUUCCGAUUAAAGAUAACGACGUCAUCAGAUAUCCCAGCCCCAUUGAGUUAAAAUACACGUUUAAAUCGAAUGAAUUUGAUGGUAUUACAGAUGAAGAGCUCAGUCGCACAUACGAUAAUAUGUUACAGAAUUUGAACAAUGAUGUGGGUAGUGUUCAAGAAAAUAGAGUAAACGGACAGACCUAUGCCAAUGCUGCACCUUUGGCUGUUGAUGACGUGAUAGAUUUAACAGAAGAUAGUGUAGUCGAAGUACGGGAGCCCAGGUCAUCGAUAAUUACACUUAAUGAUAGCUGUACGAUAGUUCCUAAACCUACGGUAGAGUCUGUUAAUUGUCAACCCAGCACAUCGGCUGCACCGUGUAAUAAAACUAGAGCUAAUGUAAAUUCGGAAAUGAUGGAUGAAGAACUGAAAUGUACGAUUUGUGCGGAAAUCUUUAUAAAGGCGAUGACGUUGAAUUGCUCGCACACUUUUUGCCAAUUUUGCAUUUACAUGUGGAGUACGAAAAACAAUACCUGCCCGGUUUGUCGGGUGCCCAUUAAGACCAUGACACCUACGUUACUCAUUGAUAAUAUUGUAGAAAAAGUCGUUGAAACUUUACCUCAAGAAGAAAAGGAUGCGAGAAAGAGUAUAAUAGAUCAAAGGAAUUCAAUGAAUCUAAAGAAACCAAAAGCAUGUAAAAAUAUUACUAAUGUAGUCUACGUGAGUAACGGCCUGGUAACUCAGUCCGGGGGUCAUCGAGGACUAGCCGUAGCCGUUCAAGUAAAUCCUUACAUAGAGAGAAACACCUGCCAUUUUUGCCGGGCGUUCGGCCGUCACACGAGAAACUGUCCCUACCAUUUCAGCAGCCCUUCAAACGGAUGCUGACGGUAAUUAUUGGAAACCAUCACACAAAUUUAUGUCGUUCAAAUGCUCUAUGCAGUGACACAUUGAUAGUAAAUUGUCGCAUCGGUGUUCUCAUUGUGCUCAAUGUUUGCUGUAUUGGGAAUUUAAAUUUUUUGUUCUACUUAUUUUCAUUAAAUUGUAAUUUUUCAAUGUA